AUGUUUAGUCGUUACUUUAGCAAAUUUUCACGCCUUAGCGCAACAAUUUUCUUAAUUGUCUUCAACGGAUUCGUCAAUUCAGCGGGUUAUUCCACAAUUGGUGAAGGUCGUCAUACGAUAGAAAACGGGACAGUUACGUUGGCAAAUGGGUCAAGGAUCGCAACCAGAGAAGAUGUAGAUGAGUAUCAAAAUCAACCACGAGCUUGCAACGUGGAAAUCGACGCUGAAGGGAAUAUCAUUCUGUACUUCGAUUGGUUCACUAACACUGCCUAUGAGGGAUGCACUGUAGAUUUGGUUACCGAAAUUGGGGGCGACAAAGAAACCAACGUUGUGGAGUUUACAGUGAGCUUUGAUCAUUAUGGCGAGUCAGAGUUAAACACAUGCAUGAGCUGUGAUGGUGAUGGGAUGAGCGGCAAUAUCAUUCCAUUCGUUUUCAACACUGAUUCUAAUGAGUUCGACGAACUUGUUCAAAUGUCACCAAACGGAUGGCCUUGUCAACAGCCGUGGAAUAAGAUGUGGAGUUCAUCUGAAAUUCGAAUUUGUUAUUCGGGGGAUGAAAUACAAAUAGGGUCGUUUAUAGACACUCGAGGACCUCUGAAUUUUUGGUUUUGGUGUCAUCGGGAUGAAAAUAGAACAUUUGAAAAUUUAACACAAUUGGAGUUUAAUGUGGAAAUAACUGGAGAAACUUUUGUUGUGAACCAUACGGACUAUAAUUUCUCAAGAUGUAGAAGUGAAAGCUUUGCAAAGCCUUUGUGUUCGCCCGUUAAACCCAAAGUUUGGCCUAUUGUGGGAAAUGCUAAGCUGGAAGGAAAAGGCUUGCUUGCCUUCAGUCUUUUGCCUAGAUAUCAGAUUAUAUUUCGCAGAGGAUGUCAUUUUGUUUCUCUGAAAUUUCCUGGCAAAAAAUAUUCUCUCCUGACAACAUUACCUCCAUUACCUCCAAAGCCUCUUACUACAAUGAAUGGAACAACAAUUGAUGAAAUUAUCACUUUAUUCAAAAACAAUGGAGAUUUUGAGUAUGAAAGCUCGACUUCUGAUUUAUCACAAAACUUGACAAAUCAACUAAAUUCGUCCUCAAUCCAAACAAACAAAACAUCAAUUAUCGCCAAAAUAAAUGGGACUACAAUGUUCAGCACUUUGACAAAUGGAACCUUAACUGGCGGAAAUUUAACAAAUGAGCAAACAACUCCAACAGAAGAAACGACAAUCAACGAAACAUAUUCUGGAACUCCACAGAUCAUCCCAGCCAUAGUAGUUACUACAACCGAAGCAACAACUACUGAGGAAACAACGUUGUUAGUCGAAACAACAACAGAAGACUUCUUUACAACAACUGAGGAAGCUACGACCGAUGAAGAUACGACCGAAGAUACAACUUAUGAAGAUACUACCGAAGAUACGACUGAUGAAGAUACGACCGAAUAUCCAACAGAGGAAACAAGCAUUCCAACAACCUCAACAACAACAACAACGAUCGUAACUUCAUCUGAAAUGACCACAACGUUUAUUGCUCCCACAGCAACUUCUGCUUCUCCAACAGAAGAAGAAACUACAUCUACCUCUCAGAUGGUCCUUCCUCCUCUUAAAACUUCAGAAAAUCUUCCUGAAAUAACAACACCAACAACAACAGAAGCAAUUAAAACAACACAACAAGAAGCGUUAACUGCAACUAAAAGUUCUUCAAAAAUUUGGAUUUUUAUUGUUGUGGUUGUUCUUUUGAUAUGUCUCAGUGUAGGUGGAGUCUUUUACUAUCUCAACUACAUGAAAAAGGAAGAACAUUCUGUUGAAGAAGGUGUUAAAAGAGAGGAUAGAUCAAACGAAGAAGUCGACAAAACCGAAAGGGAAACAGAAGAGGAUUCAAUGAAAAUUCUAAAAGAUAAAAAGAAACAUCCAAGAUUUGAUGAAACACAAAGAGAAACUAAAAGGGAAACUACUAUUAAACAAUUAUUUGACAAAACUCAAAGAAGCGAAAGUGAAGAGAAAUCAUUAAAAGAAGAAGAAAAACUUGAUGCAACUUCUAAAACAGUAAGCGAAGAAGAAGUAACUAUUGAGAAUAAAACAUUGCUUUCUGUUUAUGCAUCACAAACUGGAAAUGGUAGUAAAUUAAAGGAAGCAAAAGUUGAAGGAGAAAAGUCAAAAAAGGAUGAAGAAAAGAAGGUUGAAGAUAAAAAUAAUAAUAAAAAUAGUAGUGUUGCACUUUGA